GUUACCCCUUUCCUCCCCCCCCAGUUCCUUGCGCCUCGCGUUCCUCAACUCUCGCGAGACAGGAGUGCGCGAACCCCGGCUCUCUUCCCCUUUGUGAUUCCCCCCGCCUCCCAACAAAGCGGGUGGGGACUGAGCCGGCUCGGCUUUCGAUGCGGCGCGGAAGUGACGUGGAGAAUCGGGGUUCUGACAGGUGCGGGGGUGGCGGCAGGUGGAUGCGGGGCCGGGUUGGAGCCAGCCACUUCCGGUGGUUUGGGAUAAACAGAGUUUCUUGGCCACCGUCCCUAUCCAGCCAGAGCAAUGUUUUCAGAUUUGGAUUAUGACAUCGAAGAGGAUAAACUGGGGAUCCCCACUGUUCCUGGGACUGUAACCUUGCAGAAGGACUCUCAGAAUCUUAUUGGGAUCAGCAUUGGGGGAGGAGCACAGUACUGUCCCUGUCUCUAUAUUGUACAGGUUUUUGAUAACACUCCAGCAGCUCUAGAUGGAACUGUGGCAGCUGGUGAUGAAAUAACAGGAGUAAAUGGGAAGUCAGUCAAAGGGAAAACCAAAGUGGAGGUGGCCAAAAUGAUACAGAUAGUAAAGGGAGAAGUGACAAUUCACUACAACAAACUGCAAGCCGAUCCAAAGCAGGGCAAGUCCUUGGACAUUGUGCUGAAGAAAGUGAAGCACCGGCUGGUGGAGAACAUGAGCUCUGGGACAGCAGAUGCCCUAGGACUGAGCCGAGCCAUCCUUUGCAAUGAUGGGUUGGUGAAGAGGUUGGAGGAGUUGGAAAGGACUGCAGAGCUGUACAAAGGCUUGACAGAGCACACCAAGGGUCUUCUUCGAGCUUUCUUUGAACUAUCCCAGACACAUAGAGCAUUUGGAGACGUUUUCUCAGUCAUUGGCGUACGGGAGCCGCAGCCAGCUGCCAGUGAAGCCUUUGUGAAGUUUGCAGAUGCCCAUCGCAGCAUUGAGAAGUUUGGAAUCCGCCUUCUGAAAACCAUCAAACCGAUGCUGAGUGACUUGAACACAUACCUGAAUAAAGCCAUUCCUGACACAAGGCUGACGAUCAAAAAAUACCUGGAUGUCAAGUUUGAGUACUUGUCUUACUGCCUGAAAGUGAAAGAAAUGGAUGAUGAGGAGUACAGCUGCAUUGCACUGGGUGAGCCCCUCUACAGGGUCAGCACUGGAAACUAUGAAUACCGCCUUAUCCUACGCUGUCGCCAGGAGGCACGCGCACGUUUUGCCAAGAUGAGGAAGGAUGUGCUGGAGAAAAUUGAGCUGCUGGACCAGAAACAUGUGCAGGACAUUGUGUUCCAGCUCCAGCGCUUUGUCUCUACCAUGUCCAAGUAUUACGAUGACUGCUAUGCUGUGCUCCGGGAUGCUGAUGUUUUUCCCAUCGAGGUGGAUCUAGCACGCACCACCCUGAGCUAUGGUCAGAAGGAUGUCUUCACAGAUGGGGCAGAAGAGGAGGAGGAGGAUGGUGGAGACAGGGAGGGCAGUAGGAAGGAGGAAGCAAAUGAAGAAACAGACAACCAUCGUGUGCUGCUUUCUCCAAAGGAUUGUGCCAUCUUUUUUCAGGAAAUUGGAGUUAUUCCUGUAUGCAGCAUCACCCUUCCCAAGGAAAGAGAGGACCCUUGUUGUUCCAGAAGAGAAUCCUUUUCACCAGCAGAGAGGCAAAGGGCUAGCUUGUAGAGACCAGUGCAGAAAGGCUCAUAGACUUUGAUGUGGAGUCAGGGGAUUCUGGUUGGGGCAUUCCCUCUCAGUCAUUCUUCUCUUGUAUUUGCUCAUGGUUGGCUUUAACCAGAUGUGCUCCUUCCAGACACAGUACCUUCUACGUGCACCCUUCCCCUUGAGCCUGUGUGAAGGACUAUAUAUCCAAUUUAAAACUAGGGAAGACAUACUGUAGCCGUAUAGUAGAGGGGGCAAGAGCCUCAAAACUGCGUGGAGAGGACAAAGCAGAGAUGUUUAAACACAAGAGAGUAAGCAGCCAUACUAAGCAUAGAGCUUACUGCCACCUGUCGACUCUCCUUGUCCUUCCUUACACAACCAUUCUGUUACCCUUACAGCAUUGCUUUCAGAUCAGAGAGCUUAGCCAGACCCCAUGGCUAAUGUCCCUCUCACCCUGCCUUGAACAAAAGGCAAAAAGAAAAAACUUAAGGUGAGCGUGGAUCCUAUUGGACCCCACCACUUUUCUCUCUCCUCUUGGGGAAUCUCAAUUCCAUGAGAGGGCCUUUGGUAUUGGCAGCUGGCAAUAAUACCUGUGGCAGGGUCUUUGAGGGUGAUGGGUUUAGCUUCUUCCCAACCCAUAAUGAUGGCAGUGAGAGAAGCUAUGCAAGAGCAUUAAUUUAUGUUGUAUAUAUUUCUUCUUAUUUUGUUUAUGGAAUCUCUUAUCUUCUCCAUCAGUGCCUGGGAGAAGGCUGUUUAGGGCCAGGCUGCUCUGGAAGACUUGAAUGGGUUGUAAUGUGUUUACUGAUAUCUGUAAUAAAACACUAUGUUUAUUUCUUUUUCUUUUUUAAAUCAUUUUAGUGGUUCUGUCACUUCUCAUCCCUUUACUAUAGUCCUAAGGUGAGAGAUAAAGUGUCUGAAUUGUCCAAGUAGCUUUUGUCGCAUACAAAUUGUUAGCUCCUUAAACAGAGCUGACAUAAUGGUGGUGGCUGCAGUAUGAGCCUGCUUUGCAAAUAAGAAGUAUGAUGUACAUAGGGCAUUUCUGUGUAUACUGCUAUUCCAUGCCCUGCUGUGACUUGACUUAGAGGGCCAUCAUCCAUCUCAUAAAACACAGUGCUCCAUAUGUGUCUCAUCCUAUGGUACCUUCUCACGUAUGCCACAUUAGCUGCCACAGCAGAAGCCUAUGCUGAUAUUGAAGCCCUGCCACUGAAAAGUUGCCAGCUGUGCCAGACAUGCAAAGUAGCUUAUAGGAAUGUGCAAGACAAUUGCAACUGGAAAGACUGAGUGCCACAAACCCACUUGCUGCAGUCAUAUUCUGCCCAUUUCUGGAAACUUGACUGGCAGAAGACAUUGGGAAGACUGCCUUGGGAAUAGCAUAUUGGGAAUAUUGUGGCACCAAGUCUCAUUUAAAAAGUUAUUCAGAUUAGUUCCUGCUUAUGAGCUAAGCCAUUACUUAUUCAGUGGGAAGUAAAAUGAGCAAUUAAUGUAAUCAAAGAACUGGACCAAAUGUGUAAAGGAGAGAACUCCAAAUGAGUGAGCAUAGGGGCACAGGUCCUGAGUUAUAUGCUCAGUGCAGCUUAACAAGCAAAGGUAGAGGAGGCAAUGUACUACUUUUGUGAUGCUUGAAUUCUGAGGCUAGGAAGAAGGGUGCUUGUGCCCAAAAGCUUGCAAAGAACAAUUUUUCCAACUAUUUAGUUGGUCUAAUAAAAGAUAGUACAUCUACCCAAAGAACCUUGUCUGCCUGUGAAGCUAGGUAAGAUACUCAGUAAACAACAGCAGCCCCUGGGCUGUUUCCAAAUUAUAACUUUUUCCUUUUUCUUUACCCAAGCUCCUUUGCAGAGAAGCAUGUUAAGUUGGCAUUAAAAGAGGGCUGGCUGUAUGGUUAGAAUCUAUGGGCUGAAACUUAAGUGAAGUGUCCUGUCGGCUGAGUAUUGAGAAUAGGUUUGCUCUGGUUAGUCUUGGAAUAGUCUUGCCACAGAUAUGCUGACAGCUCUUGCUCUCAAGUCAUUUAAAAGCAGAUGAACCAGACAGUACUCCAGAGAAUGUUCAGAGAGGAUCCUUGAUGGGCAAGGAAGUAUACUAGGUAAUGGAAAGUCUCUGACAUCUUCUAUACCAGUUCUACAAGGGUUUGAAAGCUUGACACUUGGCUCAGACGCAUUUGAGUGCAUGAAGUAAAUUAUCAUGAAUUCAGGGCCAGCAGUCUGAGACCAUUUGUCACACAACAAGGAGGUAGCAGUACCACCUGCUGCAGUUCAGCCACAGAGGGAGGAAGCACAGCUUUGCUAGUUUAUUUGACCCAUUCUAUUCCCAUCUCUUUUUCUAAAACUGUCUUUGUUGCAACAGAUCAAUAGCACCUGUGAGUAGGUGCCUUGAUGAGAAACAGCUGGAGCAAGACUUGUUUUCUUUCCCCUUUCCCAUGACCCAAUUCCUCUUCAGAUUGCCUCCACCGAGUCAUGCCCUGAGCCUGCUGCCUUCCACUCCUCUAUUCAGUUUUUGAUCCCUUGAUGUAGCAAUAGGUCCUGCAAGGUGCUGUCAUAGGGCAUGCAAGGUGACACAGUUCAUGAAACUGGAAAAAAGGCUUUGACUACAGGGGUUAUGAGAGACCCAGUCUGAAAGCGGAUUAAGUGUUGUUUAAGCACGCCAGGGAAGAUUGGUCUCUUAGAAUCCAGAAAUCCAUCCCUUCAGCCUGGGGGCCCCAAGCCUGAUUUACUACUUGCUCAAACACCGUAAUUCAGUGUACCCUCUGGCUGCUGCAUGUUUUUCUGCUGUAACAUUGAGUCCUUUGUAUAAGGGGUUUUCUUUUUAAAUAAACACCAAGCCCUUG